GACGUCAGCGGCACCAUCAGCUACAGGCAGGGCGUUGCCAUGGCCCGGAAGUUCCACGAUGACUACUAUCCGCACUACACGAAGCUAUAUGAUGAGCAGGCUGCCAUGGAGAAGCGAGGAGAGACCGUACCCAAGGCCGAGAGGCAGAAAUUGUGGACUUUGCACCGUCGAUUGGAGGGCAUGAAACGUGAGAUCAGAGCUGCAAGCGAGCGAGAGCACGAAGAGUAGAAACCCUCUGCAGACAGGCUCCAGCACCCUGGUCAGCGGAGAGACUUCGAAAAUGAGAGGAUCACUAUCGAGAUCCAAUGAGUUCCAAGCUCGGGGCGUGCGAGAGCAAGACGAUUGGCGUCCUUCUGCGCACGAUACUUCAGAUCGAAGUAGACAGCUUUUGAUGGAGAAGGCUAGAGUUGAGACCCUCCAGAAUGAGUUGGAGUAUCCUAUUCUGGAAGAACACUCUCAACGAAACGCAGCAAGCAAUGGGUAGUCGUAGCAUGGAGAUCGCGCUGCAUAAGGUCAAGGCACCAUAUCAACAACAUUGCAGAAUGUUAAUAAGCCUGCGGAAUCUGGAUAUUGUCAUAUUGAUGAUCAAUCUACAGCGACGCAGGGCAACCUUGACAUCCGGCAUCGGCACAUAGCGGGAUUGGGUUUGGAUUAGCCCCACCCGGAACUUGAUUAUUAACAAGUCUUGAUUAGAGGAUAAUGUGACAAACAUGACUC